UUCCUUUGGCCAGCUGAAGUGGACCUAGUUAAAUGGGUUUUAUGCACUCACAAGAUGGCUUUUUCAUGGGAUGAAGUCAAAAUUGGCUGUUUCUGCAGUGACUAUUUUGACCCAGUAGUUUUCCCUACUAUCAAACAUACCCCUUGGCAGCGCAAGAAUAUACUGCUUGCUCCUGUGCUGUUAGAUCAAGCUAUUCAAACAGUCUGCAAGAAGAUACAGUCCAGUGCAUAUGAGCCUGCCCAG